AUGUCGAUCAUGGGAAACCAAACCACAGUGACAGAGUUCUUCCUUGUAGGAUUGACAAAUGACUCUAAGACCCAAAUUAUUCUUUUUGUUUUUCUGCUACUAAUGUACCUCAUAAGUGUCACUGGAAAUAUGACCAUCAUUAUUCUCACCCUGCUGGAUUCCCAGCUCCAGACUCCCAUGUAUUUCUUCCUCCGGAAUUUCUCCUUCUUGGAAAUUUCCUUUACAACUGUCUUUGUCCCCCAAAUGCUAGUGAACAUGGGAACUGGGAACAAGAUCAUUUCAUUUGCUGGAUGCUUUACUCAAUACUUUUUUGCCAUCUUUUUGGGAGCGACUGAGUUUUAUCUUUUGGCUGCCAUGUCCUAUGACCGCUAUGUGGCCAUCUGUAAGCCCUUGCAUUAUACAAUGGUGAUGAACAAGAGACUUUGCCUCCAACUCAUCCUCAGCUGCUGGUUGUCUGGCUUCUUGGUUGUUAUUGGGCCACAUAUCAUGACUAUAAUGUUGCCAUUCUGUGCAUCCAAUAUCAUCAACCAUUACUGUUGUGACUAUACUAUAUUGCUCCAGCUGGCCUGUGCAGACACACACUACAUAGAGAUGACUGAGUUUGUCUUGGCUGUGGUGACUCUUAUCUUUACAUUAGUCUUAGUAAUUAUCUCCUAUGCAUAUAUCAUGGGGACAAUUAUGAGAAUCCCUUCUGCUCAGAAAAGGAAAAAGGCCUUUUCCACCUGCUCUUCCCACAUGAUUGUUGUCUCUCUCUCCUAUGGCAGCUGCAUCUUCAUGUACAUUAACCCCUCUAUGAAAGAAGCAGCAGCUUUUAAUAAGGGAGUAGCUGUGCUCAAUACCUCAGUUGCUCCGCUUUUGAACCCAUUCAUCUACACCCUAAGGAACCAGCAAGUAAAACGAGCCUUCAAGAACAUGCUUAGUAGGAUAAAAGUUUUCUUAAUAAAGUGA